GCCCUGUGUGCAGGAGCUAAUACAGUACUGGCAGUGAAUUUCGGAACCCAGCUCGAGUUAAAUUUUGGAACGCGGCCUAUGGCGGUUUAAGAUUCAUGACACGAAGCGAUAUUUUUUGCGAUUAAUGUUUGUAAUCUUCUAUUAUAAAACUGUCUAAUUUCGACGAAAAGGAACGUAAACGAGUCAGCAUGCCAGAACCUGUGAGUCAUCAGGUGAAUGCCGCUCGUAAGACGUUCCAGACAUUGUAUCAGAUCUCCAAACUGCUAAACACGAAUCUAGAUCCAACCACCCUGAGCAUGUGCAUUAGACUGUGUGAGAACGGAGUGAAUCCACAUGCUCUCGCAGCUGUGGUAAAAGAACUUCAGCGAGAGGUAAAGGCAAUGAACGAUGCUCAAUUAGAGUCUACCAGCAAGACCAAUACUAAUAAGUGAAUAUAAGAAUAUGAUACUAGUUGUCCUUCCAUGUUUUUUGUAAAAUUAUCUAUUUUGUUAUCGAAUAAAUGUUUUUGGAUAUAGAUA